UUAUUUAUAUCGGCGGAACGCGAGGACGUCCUACAUUCAGACACGUGUGGUGCUUAUGGGCACCACUGAGGAGUUUCAGUCCUAAAAACAAACGCUCGGGUGGGUUUUCUCUCACUCAGACUGGUUAAGCUCAAGCCUCUUUAUAGAAGUCUGACGUUUGGCAGCAUCUGAUGACAUUACGGACCGUAAAGGCUGUGUCGGAUUGAAGCUCCGAGGUGAACAGAACUUACCGGUCUGUGUGAACACAGGACCCCUGUCUUAAACUGAAUACCUCCUGUCAAGGUCUGGACUUUUUUGCACGAUGGCCGACUAUUUAAUCAGCGGACAGACGUGUUAUGUGCCUGACGAUGGUCUAACGGGGCAGCAACUCUUCAACUGCGGAGACGGCCUUACCUACAACGAUUUCCUGAUUUUGCCUGGGUACAUUGACUUCACAGCUGACCAGGUGGACCUGACAUCAGCACUGACCAAACAAAUCACAAUGAAAACUCCGCUGGUCUCAUCACCAAUGGAUACAGUCACAGAGUCUGGAAUGGCUAUUGCUAUGGCGCUGACAGGUGGAAUUGGCUUUAUUCAUCAUAACUGCACACCUGAGUUCCAGGCCAAUGAAGUUCGCAAGGUCAAGAGGUACGAACAAGGUUUCAUCACCGAUCCAGUGGUGAUGAGUCCUAAUGAACAGGUUAGGGACGUCUUCCAGGCUAAAGCUCGACACGGUUUUUGUGGUAUCCCAAUUACGGACAACGGUCAGAUGGGCGGACACCUGGUCGGCAUCAUUUCCUCGCGAGAUAUCGACUUCCUGAAAGAGACUGAGCAUGACCUACCUCUCAGUGAGGUGAUGACAAAGAGGGAGGAUCUUGUUGUAGCUCCAGCAGGAGUGACGUUAAAAGAGGCCAAUGAAAUCCUUCAGAGGAGCAAGAAAGGUAAGCUUCCUAUAGUGAAUGAGGAAGGAAAUUUGGUGGCCAUCAUCGCUCGGACAGAUCUGAAGAAGAACAGAGAUUUCCCGCUGGCCUCAAAAGACUUGCUUAAACAGCUGCUUUGUGGCGCCGCCAUCGGAACGCACAACGACGACAAAUACAGACUGGAUCUGCUGGUGCAAGCUGGUGUGGAUGUAGUUGUCCUGGACUCGUCACAAGGAAACUCCAUCUUUCAGAUUAAUAUGAUUAAGUACAUAAAGGAGAAAUAUCCCAAUCUACAAGUCAUCGGCGGCAACGUGGUGACUGCGGCUCAGGCGAAGAAUCUAAUCGAUGCAGGAGCGGAUGCCCUGCGAGUGGGAAUGGGCAGCGGCUCCAUCUGCAUCACUCAAGAAGCACCUCUCAGUAUUCCUCCUGGUUUAAAGCUCCACAGCCCCAAAACCCCAACUACUGUUACGGGAUACUCCAUGCUGGCGUGUGGAAGGCCACAGGCUACAGCGGUGUAUAAGGUAUCAGAAUAUGCCCGGCGGUUUGGUGUUCCUGUGAUCGCUGAUGGGGGAAUUCAGACAGUUGGACACGUUGCUAAAGCUCUUGCACUGGGCGCAUCUACAGUUAUGAUGGGGUCAUUGCUAGCUGCCACCUCUGAAGCUCCUGGUGAAUAUUUCUUUUCGGAUGGGAUCCGUCUGAAAAAGUACAGAGGGAUGGGCUCGCUGGACGCCAUGGACAAAAACCUCGGCUCACAGACCAGAUACUUCAGUGAAAGUGAUAAGAUUAAAGUUGCUCAGGGAGUUUCAGGGGCAGUUCAGGAUAAAGGCUCCAUCCAUAAGUUUGUUCCAUAUCUCCUCGUUGGAAUACAGCAUUCCUGCCAAGACAUCGGAGCAAAAAGCCUGACACAGCUGAGGGCGAUGAUGUAUUCUGGUGAAUUGAGGUUUGAAAAGAGAACCAUGUCCGCUCAGAUGGAGGGAGGAGUGCACAGCAUGCACAGCUAUGAGAAGCGCCUUUUUUAAAGAAGAAACCACAGAUGCCAGUACAUGCACAGCCGAUCACACAUACGCCAUAAACCCCCACUAAUGUACUUCCACACGUGCUUUUGCACAUACAGACACCCAAACACACUUUAGAACCUCAGCUUCCUCUUUCUCGUCUUCCCGGCCGCCUUUCCUCUGAGCGAGGAGAGAAACUGUGUGUGCUUGCGCGCGUGUGUGUGUGUGUACGUGUGUGUUACAUUCGUUUGUGUGGUUGUGAGGUGCACGUGCUCUCUGCUGUAUGUAUAGGAUGCCUUACAUGUCAAAAAAGAUGUUUAUUCAUUCAUUCGAAAACUUGGAACGUGUCUGGAAAUACAUUUUUUGCCACAGAGUCUUGUUAAAUAAAAUGAAAUUAUAUAUGUACAUGCAUCAUUUUAAGCAAUCAAUCAAGACUAUCAUUCUGAAGAGAAAACAAAAUGACCGAGUGUGGUCCAUGAUCUCUGUGAAACAGGAAGUGUUUAUUUUGUUGGAUUUUCUGUCUGUUUAGUUUUAUAAAGAGACUUGGUAGUUCUGGUUUGGAGUCUGUGUACCUUCAUAAAAAAUAUUGUUAUAAUUUGUCUAACUUGCAUGCUUUUUAACAAGUUAAUUUUCAAAUUCUGAGUCUGUGGGUGUGUGAGUAGGUGGCUGCUCAACAUUGAUGUCGGUGCGCUAUUCCUCAUUUUGCAAGUGACUCUCAAGGGAACCAGGCUUUACCUCCAAAACCACCGGACUUUCCAAACAAGCGUUAACACAUGCUCACUAAUGGAUCCACACCUGGACAGGUUGAGCUUGGAGCUCCAGGUGUCUCCUGAUCAGUGAAAUAUGAUAUUGAUCCGUUAGUGAGCUCAGUCCUGCAGGGACCAGAUCUCAACACUUUUAUUACAAAACAAAAAUGAAAUGAUUGACAGAUCAUAUGUACGACAGUAUUGUCUUUCCUGCAAGCUACAACUGUUAAGUGCUAAAAUUGUAUUAUUUAUGGUCUAAAAUAUUUAGAAUUUGAGGAAAAUUAAUAUACAUACAUGAAUAGAUUGAUUUUCAACAUAUACUGCAGAUUGUGUGAAUCAGUCAGAAUUCUCCUUCAAGGGAUAGUUCACUCAAAAAUAAAAAUUCAGUCAUUGUUUAUCCACCCUCAUGUCAUGCAAAACCUGUAAAUGACUCUUCUGUGGAACACCAAAGGAGAUAUUUUGAGAAAAGUCUUAAAAAAGUGGUUUUGUUUCCAUGAAAGUCAAUGGGGGCCAAUGUUUGGUUACCAGCGUUUCUCAAAAUCAGAGUAUCUUUAGAGUUAGGUUUGGCAUAAAACAUUUUUAGAUCACUUGCAGAGAAUUUUCUUGCCCAUCAAUUAAGAAGUGAAAAAAUACACCUAUGAUGAAUAAGCGAGAUGAUAGUAAAGAUUAUGAGAAGGGAGGGGUCAGAUUGUUGGCAGCCUAGUGAAGAAGUGAAAGUGAAAAUGUUCCUCUGAUUUCUAAGGAGGAAGUCAGGAGGUAUAAAUACGCAAACAUUCUCACUGUAACUAACACAAGCCAGAGAGGGAGAGGGAGAGAGAGAGAGAGAGAGAUACCAUAGGAAGAAAUCAUGGAAUGACAGAAGCAGGUUAAUCUCUCGUGAUCAACUCCCGCCCCCUCCUUCUGUCUCUCUCUCAGGCUCCUUUCUGAUAGGGAACAGGUUUUUCAGGCACAAGUUUCCAGAUGAAACCAGAUAAAUAAACAAGUUUAUCAUUUUGCAGACACCAAACUUGUUUGUGGUACAAGGUGACAAUAAUUUUCACUCGAUGUAUCGAGGUUAAAAGUGUGAUUGCAAUAUUGUUAAAUGACAAAUGUGUUUGUUUUCAGAGUGUCCGGGAAUUGGUCACAGCAGUCUGGGUGGUAACGGAACCCAUAAUGCAGCUGUUUGCUUGAUUGACAGCUGGGUAUGGAUUCCGUGCCCCUCCUUACAUGCAGUAGGAAAAUUCUGGAUUGAUGAGAAUGUGAAGUGUAUGAAUUUUACUUGUCACUGAAUUGUGUUUUUAAACAUAGAUAUAAGCUGUUUCAGAAAUGUGUUAGUGUAAAUAGGCCUAACUGUGUGUGUGUGUGUGUGUGUGUGUGUGUGUGUGCGUGCGUGCGUGCGUGCGUGCGUGCGUGCGUGCGUGCUUAACUAUUUGUGCGGCGGUGUAUAUAUACCUGAGUACUGAUGUUGCUCUGGAAUGACACGUUUUCUCCCGGAUCGCCAGCAAUGUUUCGCCACCGGGAAUUUCGUGUCAACCAAGAUUAACAUUACAGAUCUUGCAAUCACAGACCUUUAGCAAAGCACCAAUCACAGCACCACUAAUUGCCUUUAUAUUGUACUUCAAAUAAACAUUUUGUUUUAGUAUCAUCAUUUGUUGUCUUGUUUUUGAUUUUUCAUUCAAACUGCUUAAGAAGUGUUAUCUAGGCACAUGACAGAGGUUUUUAUUUUCAUUCUAUGACUGAUCUU